AGUUGAUGCCAGCAAAAGCAAACUAUUCUUUUUCUUUCCCGAGUUGCGUUCACGUUAUAAUGUAACCGUAAUCACUUCUUUCCUUCUCCGCAAUAUCUGUUCGUUUCUUCCUCUUGGACUUUUUGUCGGUUUCCCCUAUUUUGUUAGCCAAUCGAUUCCAUUCUCAUUGCCAUUAUUCACGUGCGGUUCAGCAUUCUCAAGUUUCCUUCGUUCAUGUCUUUUUUUUAAGUGAAUCAAACAAUUUUGAAAAAUAGAAUGACUGUCAAAAUUUAAAUUAUUGUCUCAAAAAUUACAAGAUGGAAAAUCUUAAUUUCUAUAAAUUUAAUUAUAUAAUUUUUAAAAAUUAUUUUAAUUAAGUUGUAAAAUCUUACGAUUUGAUUUUAGAAUAUGACUUUGCAGUCCUCUUGUCGAUUCUAAGUUAAAAAAAUGAGUUUUACAAUCUGGUUCAUAUCUAUGGUGAGGUGAAUGGCAGUGCAAAUUAGUUUGCUAAUGCAACUGAAUUUUUCCCUAUUUGCUAGAAAUUACAUCUCGACCGUUGCAUAUGGGUAUUAUAUAUUUGCAUGUUACAGCAGUGGAGGAAUAUGGCCUUUUAGGCGUUUAUAAAUUUAAUUUAAUUUCCUAUAAAUAGAGGUAUGGUGUCUGUCCUGUAGCCAGAAGGAUUAAUUGCGAGAACAAAGAAUGCGUAAGGGUACAGCACUCUCUGUUAGCCUCUUCUGCCUUCAUUUCACUUGUUGAUUCCCUUCCAACCCAAACCCAAAAUCCAAACCCAAUUUUCCAUCUCUCUCUGUUUGAUUUCAAUGGAUCCCUCUAAUUCCAUAACAGGCGUCCAGCAAGAAAAGGGAAAAUUUAAACCAAAUGACCACAACGUUCUGCAGAAGCAUGUUUUCUUCUUUGAUAGGAAUCAGGAUGGUUUAGUUUAUCCCUGGGAAACCUUUCAAGGGUUUCGUGCAAUUGGGUUUGGUGUUCUGUUUUCUGCUGCCAGUGCUCUUUUCAUCAAUAUGGGUCUCAGCAAGAAAACUCGCCCAGGAAAGUAUCCUUCCUUACUAUUUCCAAUUGAGGUUCAGAACAUUCAGCUAGGCAAACAUGGAAGCGAUUCUGGUGUCUAUGACAAGGAUGGAAGAUUUGUUGACGAGAAAUUCGAAGCCAUUUUUGGCAAGCAUGCACGUACACAUCCAGAUGCACUGACAUCAGGUGAACUGAUGGGAAUGCUAAGGACGAACAGAGAACCUAAAGACUAUCUAGGAUGGGUUGCAAGCUGGACAGAAUGGAAAACACUAUACAUUCUUUGCAAGGACAGUAAUGGUUUACUGCAGAAAGAAACAGUGAGAGCUGUUUACGAUGGAAGUCUUUUUGAACAAUUGGAGAAGCAAAAAGCAUCAGCUAAAAAGAAAGCUUCUGUUUAGAAAGGGGCAUAAUCAUAGGAAUUGUGACUGUUCGGAUUGGCUGCAGUUGGAUGGUUUUUGAGUUCAGAAUGUAAAUGAAUUUGAUGAUUGUUCGGUUAUUCUUAUUCUUUCUGAUGUAAUAAAUUAUAAUUAGAAUGAGUAAAGUUAUUGUUUUCUUUGUUUAUGGUAA